AUGACGUUGGAUACAAAUAAAAACAAAAAUAUUCCAUAUUAUGAUGUUAAUUUUGAUAACAUAUUCCUGACCAAGCGAGAUAAACAAGGUCAUAAACAAAUUAUAAGAGGGGUAUCUGGUAAUUUUUUUUCUGGUGAAUUGACUGCAAUCAUGGGUCCAUCUGGAGCAGGAAAAACAUCUCUCCUCAAUGUUCUCACAGGAUAUCAAAUUUCAGGGGUACAAGGAACGAUAAGAUGCAAUAUAUCAAGUGAAAACGGGACAGGUUCUCUACAGUACAAGAAAGAAUCUUGUUACAUACUACAAGAUGAUUGCCUACCAGAGCUAUUCACAGUUCAAGAAGCCAUGAUGAUGUCAUGCAAUCUCAAAACAGUCGGUUUGUCUAGGAAAGCUAAGGAAUAUUUGAUAAACGAUAUUUUGACCAAUUUGAGUUUGAUCACGUGCCGGAAUACACGAUGUCAUCAUUUAUCUGGAGGACAAAAGAAACGAGUAUCAAUAGCCUUGGAACUGGUGAAUAAUCCACCAAUCAUGUUUUUGGAUGAACCAACAACCGGCCUGGACUGCUCAGCCGGUUCUCAGUGUAUACAAUUAUUGAAGAAACUUGCUCGCAGUGGUAAAACAAUUAUAUGCACUAUACAUCAGCCGAACGCCAAAAUGUACGAAACGUUUGAUCACAUUUAUAUGAUGGCAUAUGGAAAGUGCGUCUAUCAAGGAGCUAGUACGCACACUGUAGACUAUUUGGCGGCUAGUGGGUUCCAUUGCCCAAUCUACCAUAAUCCAGCAGAUUUCAUUAUUGAGGUUGUAAAAGGAGACUAUGGGGACCAUACCGAUAUGCUAGCUCAUGCAGCUCUGGAAGAGAAAUGGAGGGGAAAUCACCCUGCCAAAAUAUGUAAUGAUCCUGUUGACACAUACAAAAACUCUGUUUAUCCAAAGCAGCGGAUAGAUAGUAUUGGAAUGCCUUCCGAAUGGUUCAAAUUCCUCGUUCUAUUACGAAGAUCCGGAGUGCAGAUAUACCGAGAUUGGACGAUCUCACAGCUGAAGAUACUUCUUCAUUUAUUAGUCGGACUAUUCUUAGGAUUGACCUACCAGAAUUGCGGUCAGGAUGCAGAUAAAGCUGUCACUAAUCUUGGCUUCUUCACAGUUAGUACAGUUUAUAUGGUCUACACCGCCAGCAUGCCUGCAGUUUUAAAAUUUCCAUCAGAGUUAUGCAUGUUGAAGAAAGAAAAUUUCAACAACUGGUACAAAGUGCAUACGUACUUCGCAGCAGUAAUGCUUUUCGAUAUGCCAUUACAGGUGAUUUUCACUUCAGUAUAUUCACUCACCUCCUAUCUACUCAGUAAUCAGAUACGAGAUUGGCAUCGAUUUUGCAUGCUGUUGCUCCUCCAAUCGCUCAGUGGAAUGUCUGGCUCAGGUUUCGGACUGAUUAUUGGCAGUCUAUUCAACCCAGUGAAUGGUACAUUCGUCGGUGUUAUCUGUCUAUGCUGUUUCUUCUUGUUUGGAGGAUUCUUCAUUUUGCUGGUACAUAUGUCAAAAUUUAUGUAUGCAGUGACAAAUUUAUCGUUCAUCGCUUUUACAGUUGAAGGUAGUAUGCAAGCUCUCUAUGGGUACGACAGGCCACCAUUGCACUGUCCCGAAGAAGCCGAAUUCUGCCAGUACGUUUCUCCAGCAGUACUGCUCAAAGACAUUGGAAUGGACAAACCGAGUUAUUGGACAGACGUCACUUACCUCGUGUGUGUCAUCGUGCUAUUUCGGAUAGUAGCGUUCGUCCUACUCAAAAGAAAACUGUCCAUUACGUAA